AUGGUUCAUAUCUCUUUCGCUACCUUGACCGUCAUCGCCGGCCUGCUCGUUCCCGAACCAUCUUCAUCCACCGACGUCAAGUUCGAUGCCGCUCGCACCAUCAAGGCCGGCGAGUCCUUUGACGGCAAGAACCUCCGCUACCACCGCGGUGUCACAUGCGGUGGCCAGAAGGAAGGUGGCGACAAGGAUGCUGUCUUCCUGCUCGAGUCCGGCGCUACCCUAUCGCAGAGCUCCGGUACGACCACCAUCACCGGCGGAGGCGCCAAGAACGCCGACGACAAGGUCAUUCAGCACAACGGGGGAGGUCUUGUCAAGAUCGACUCGUACUGCGUCCAGGACUUCGGCAAGCUCUAUCGAUCGUGCGGCAACUGCAGCACGCAGGUGAAGCGCGAGGUGCAGAUCAGCAACAUCAUCGCUCGCAACGGCAAGGUGCUCGCAGGCGUGAACUCGAACUACGGGGAUGUAGCGACGAUCGACACGAAGACGAACUCGUACACAAGCGUCAAGUCGAUCUGCAACACGUACCAGGGCAACGACAAGAGCAGGAGCCUCCUAUGCUGA